UGAAGCAAGAACUAAAGAUGUUUCAUAAAAGUGUUCUUAUACUUUCACUCUGGUGUAUUUUAUCUGUAAUAUGGCCAAAUGAAGCAACGGGAGGUGAUGAUACGGGUAAUGUAGAAGGGCGAGAGCAAAAAGAACUGGACAAACGUGCUCCUCGUCCUCCGAAUCAGUUUGAACAGAUGCAAAGUAAAAUGCAACUGCCACCUUUAGAGUUAAUCACUUACGGACCAACACUUGUAUUUGAAGGCGUUGACUAUGAUCUACUUCCAACAAACAUUUAUCCAAUUUACUAUGAUUGUUACUACUUACACACGAAAUGUGUUCGAGAUCUCGCCAAUUUUAAUGAACAUUGUGCUUAUCAUAGAAAGCUUAAAAGAUGGCUUAGUUUUGCGACCUUUUGUGAUAUUGACCUAAUAAAUUGUCUCCAUCGUGAGGAAACCGGCAAAGGAAUAUUUGGUCAAGACAUGGCGGAUGACACUUUGUUCGUCCAAGCUGACGGAUAUGAGUGUAGGGGAAAACAAUAAUUUUAAUGAUAACAAAAUGAUCCUGAAGUACAACAAGAACAACUAUCAUCUUCAUUACCAACUGGAAACAUUUUAAAUUGAUGUAUAUUUCACAAAAUCCAAAACACUUGAUAAUGCUUUGCGAAACCUAGAAAAAGAAAUUGAGACAACAUAAUCGCUAAUUUC